AUGAGGCAAGGCAUAAAAGGGAAGAGAGUGCCAGAGGACGUGACAAGUAAGAAGGAAGUUCAGAUGAAAAGAAUUUCAAAGAAUAUUCCUACAACUAAAGAUGUUGAACCUCUACUUGAAAUUGAUGGAGAUAUACGGAACUUUGAAGUAUUUUUAUCUUCGCGAACACCUGUUCUUGUUGCACGUGACGUAAGAACUUUUUUGCCAUGUACUGUAAACUUAGAUCCCAAGCUACGAGAAAUCAUUGCAGAUGUUCGUGCUGCAAGAGAUCAGAUGAAUAUUGGAGGACUUCCUUAUCCCACAUUGCCUUUACAUGAGGCACCUGCUAGAGCAACAUCUCUCUUCAGUCAGCCUUCAUCAGCUUGUUCUUCUACAACCUCUUUCAAUGGACCUUUCAAUAGUGGAGUUUUAUCACCGCAACCUCAUAGCAGUUACUACAGUGGUAUGACAGGACCUCAGCAUCCAUUUUACAAUCGGCCAUUCUUUGCCCCAUAUCUUUACAUGCCAAGGUAUUACCCUGGCAGUUCUCAUCUCAUCUCACGUCCACCACUAAAAACGGGUUUGUCCAGAGAUCAGAACAAUGGCCUAGGAGCAGGAGGAGGCACAGGAUCAACCGCAGGAGUACCACAUGUGUCUCUGAGCACAAUGAGUGUGGAUGCUGUGUGUGAGAAGCUCAAGCAGAUAGAUGGUCUGGACCAGAGCAUGCUACCUCAGUACUCUGCAACUAUAAGAAAGGCAAAUAUAAAUGGCCGUGUCUUGGCUCAGUGCAACAUUGAUGAACUAAAAAAAGAAAUGAGUAUGAAUUUUGGUGACUGGCACCUGUUCAGGAGCAUGAUACUUGAAAUGAGAAAUUCAGAAAAUCAGGCUGUUCAGGAAGAUCCUCGUGGAGCAACUGAGCAUGUUACCACUGUGAUUCCUCAUAGUGAACUUACUCGUCGUCCUGGGCAUAACACUGAGUUGCCUCACACUGAGCUUACAGGUCUUUCUGGUUCCCUACACGCUUAACUUCAGCUUUGAAGAGCUCAACACAAUUGGUCUUGAUGAAGCUCCUCCACGCCAUAGUAACUUAAGUUGGCAG